UUUCUUCAUUUACACAGGGUGUAACCAAGUAACCAAUGGGAAACCUCUGGAGGGUACUUAAACCCUAGAAGAUUUUCUACUGGUGCUCUUGAGCCGCUUGCUCAAGCCCACUCCCAGUCUGUGGAGUGUACUUUUGUUUCAAUAAAUCUGUGCUUUUGUUGUUUUGUUUUUAUAUUUUGUUCAAUUCUUUGUUGGAAACACCAAGAACCUGAUGACUUGUGGUCAAGACCCUCCACCAGAAACGUACACACAUAUGCACACACACACACACAUGGCAGGAAGGGGCACAGAACCUGGAGUCCAGUCACCUCUGGCUCCAGCCUGAGGUUCUCCAUUUGCCAUCUGUGCCCUGGGACAGGUCAGUUGUCCUGUCUGAGUCUCGGUCUCCUGGGCUGUAGCCAGGGAGAAAUAAUACCUACUACACAGGGCUGUGGGGACAGCCCAGACCUUUAUAAACCUAAGAAAGAGAAGCUGUUAGGAACUGUUCACGACAUUCACAGCAAGGCAACCCUAUCUCCUAGGAGGACAUUGGUUCCAGUACAGGGAGCAGGACACUUGUUUCCAGAGGCUUCCAGAGUAACUCGGAGCAAACCACUUACCUUUCUUGGAAUCAGUCCCUAGAAGAAGAGGCUAUCCCAGACCCUUCCUCCCAGGAAAUGAUUCAUUCUGUCAGCAAACAUAGACUAGGGGGCCUGCUGAGGGAGGCCGGUACAACCCACCACUGCUCAUGGGCUGUGCAGGGCCUGGCUGUGGGCACAGGCCUGUAACUGCAGCACAAGCUGAGAUCUGGACAAAGGGCAGAGGAAGCUGAGAGUCCUUCCCCUGGGUAGGGGCUUGAGGGGCCCAGGAGGACUCUCCAGAAGGGUGACAUUUCAACAAGGCCUUGAAAGUCGUAUAUGUAUUUUCCAGAGGGAGAGUGGGGAGGGGGUGAGGCUGACAUCCUGUGAUGGGCAGGCCCACAGGUGGGAAGGAGGAGAAGAUGGGCAGAGAGCUUGUGCUGUGGCGCACAGUGGCCUGGCCAUGAGAGGGGUGCAGGACGGAGCACAGAGGGUGGGCUGGACAGGCUGGGCAGGGUGCUGAUUGACAGCUGCAGGGCAGCUCUGCAGGCAUGGGUAAUUGCAUGGGUCAUUGUCACACACAUCUAGAGACAGGAGGGAUCUGUAUGAAUCUGGCUUUUUCCAUGGCUCUGAAAACAGUCUUCUUUCUUUCUCUUGCUGAAAUCCUGCAGUCUGCUCCCAUGUACCAGUACCUGGAUAGGAAAAGGUUCAAGGAAGCCUACCAGAUUGCUUGCUUGGGUGUGACAGACACUGAUUGGCGCGAGCUGGCCAUGGAAGCACUAGAAGGUUUAGAUUUUGAAACAGCAAAGAAGGCCUUCAUCAGAGUACAAGACCUCCGAUACUUAGAGCCCCUCAGCAGCAUUGAGGAGAGGAAGAAGCGGGGAGAGACCAACAAUGACCUGUUUCUGGCAGAUGUGUUUUCCUACGAGGGGAAGUUCCAUGAGGCCGCCAAACUGUACAAGAGGAGUGGGCACGAGAACCUCGCACUUGAAAUGUACACCGAUCUCCGCAUGUUUGAGUAUGCUAAGGAUUUCCUUGGAUCUGGAGACCCCAAAGAAACAAAGAUGCUAAUCACCAAACAGGCUGACUGGGCCAGGAAUAUCAAGGAGCCCAAAGCCGCCGUGGAGAUGUACAUCUCAGCUGGAGAGCACGUCAAGGCCAUCGAGAUCUGUGGCGACCAUGGAUGGGUUGACACGUUGAUCGACAUCGCCCGCAAGCUGGACAAGGCUGAGCUAUGCUGCCGAGACCUACCUGAAGAUGGGUGACCUCAAGUCCCUGGUGCAGCUGCACGUGGAGACCUAGCGCUGGGAUGAGGUGAGAGGAAAGCAGGCCUCAUGGGCUGGGGCCCCACCUGAGCCCUGGGAUACACGGGCGGGUACAGGGACCCUUUGGGGUUUACGUGGAGAGAAGCUGCCCCCAUGAUGGAAGGAACAUUGGGCUGGCAGUCAGGCAACUUAACCUCGAAUUCCCUGAGCCAGAGAAUCAUUGAGGGCCUUUCCACAUGUUCCUUCCUUCAGUCAUUGAGAAAAUUGUUAUUGACUGACAGCUUUGUGCCAGCGAGGUGACAGGCACCAGGGAUGAGUGUGAACGUGACAGCUCCAGUGCCUGCCAUUGGGUUGAGCUGCCUCUGACCAGUGCCACAGGCUCAGACACAUGGCUGAUGUGGAGACACACCUGUGUGACAUUUCAAACCUGCUGAGUGGCAUUUUGGCAGAAAGCGCCAUCUGUGCUUUCCAGAUCCAGACUGCAAGAGCCAUUUCAGGGGCCGGUUUUUUCCCUUCCUUCUCCAUCUCUACCUCCCACAACCCACUACUUCUUUCUCUGGUGUUGGCGGGUGUGAAGAAUUAGCCAGGCCAGUGAGAAAGGUGACCAGCCUGAGGCUGGCAGAAGCAGCUAAUGCUGCCCCUUCUGUGGCUCGACCCCUACUCUCCAGCUCACUAGCUCCCCGUGCCCUGCAGAGAAAUCCAUCCUCGAGAGGAUUACGGGCUGUGCCACGAUCCUCCCCAGACUCACUCAUCUACCCAUAAUGGUCCAUUUUAGAGUGGAAGCAAAGCCUUCAUUGGGAGGAGCCGUCUGACUCUUGUCUGCCCUCUGAAUGGCUCCAUUUGGUGAGGUGAUGAGGUUACUGAUGAGAAAAGGUGGGGCCAGGGACACAGGCAAUGGUGGCUUCUCAAGAGAAAUUUAUUAGGAGACUUCUCAAGCAGCAUAGAUUAGAGCACCUUAGAACGACUCAGACCUGGCUGUGCAUCAGGCAGACUUUCUCCCCAUGGCUCACGUCCGGUUCUCCUGGCCUGAUAGGUGGUUCUGGGGCUUAGGUGAGAAGCAGUCAGUGGGUCCAUACAGCAUGAAGCCCACAGUCAUCUUUGACAACUGAUAAGAAGU